CUGUCCUUCUGUGGUUUUUCUCGUUAUCAUUUUAUUCACCAUGCCUCUAGAAUACGCUCAUGAGCCAGAAAGAGACGUAAAGGGUCUUAUCAUACGCAAAGAUAAACCGUUCAACGCUGAACCACAGGUCUCACUGCUAGUUCAGCAUUACAUUACUCCGGACCCUUUGUUCUUCCAUCGCAAUCACGGCCCCAUUCCUGAAAUUGACAUUCAAACACAUGAAGUAGACAUUGUUGGCCUUGUUAGCAAUCCCCUUCACCUCACCGUAGCUGAUCUCAAGUCGAAAUUCACCAAGCGCACUGUCAUGGCCACCCUCCAGUGCGCUGGUAAUCGAAGAGAUGGAUUGAAUAGAGUCAAGAAGACAAAUGGGGUUGUCUGGGGCCCAGGAGCCGUGGGUAAUGCCGUUUAUACUGGAUGCCUACUUCGUGACGUACUCAAGGCCGCCGGCGUAGUAUCAAACCCUGAAGAUGUUGCAAAAUUACAUGCAUCGUUUUCUUCCGUCGAACAGUGUGAAGAAGAUAAGAAUUACGGUUCAUCAAUACCACUUUGCAAGGCGCUCGAUGAAUAUGGGGACGUGCUUCUGGCCUAUGAGAUGAACGGCAAACCUCUCACUCGAGACCAUGGGUAUCCUAUAAGAGUAGUAGUACCUGGUUACAUCGGUGCUCGGUCGGUUAAAUAUCUAAAAACCAUUAGUAUCCAAAGCCACGAGUCCAAUGCGUACUUUCAGCAGAAAGACUACAAAAUUUUACCAUCCAAUAUCGAAAGUGAAGAGCAAGCUUGUAAAGUAUGGUGCAACUUCCCAGCGAUAGGGGAAUAUAAUGUCCAGUCGUACGUUUGCGAGCCAGCCGAUGGCGUGUCUUGUAAGCCUGGUCCAUGCAAUGUGCGAGGCUAUGCUCUGUCUGGGGGCGGUCGAUCCAUUCAACGGGUCGACGUUUCCGCUGACGACGGCCGUACGUGGGUUACCGCCGACUUAUACCAACCUUAUUGUGGAGGAACCAAAAUGUGGGCGUGGUGUUUGUGGACGGCUCAACUUCAUGCUAGUACCAAACGUAUUCUGAGCAGAGCAGUCGACUCGGCUGGAAACGUUCAGCAAGAAUAUCCUAUUUGGAAUUAUCGAGGUGUUAUGAACAACAGUUGGCGAACCAUUGAACCCGAUCAAUCUCAUUUGUGAACAUCCAUCAAUGAAACAUUCUAUAUUUCGCACUGCA